AUGAAUCCAUAUUACUCCCCUUCCACUCCGACAAAACCAUCACAUUAUAUAUUCAAAACUAAUGCAAACAAUAAUAACAGCAUCAUUGGUAAUUUCCCACCCAUUAUUUCAUAUGAUGCAUACCCUAUUUAUAAAAAAAGAGUGGUGAAUACCCCAAAUUUAAAUGUUAUAGGAAAUAUCAAUAGUGAGAAAUUUUAUAAAAAUAAAAGAAAAAUAGAUAUGCAUAAUAGUAAUAAUAUAAAUCUAAUUAAUAAUUCAAUAAAUAAAUAUAACACAACAGGAAAAAAUAAUAUGUACAAAUUUAAUUAUAUUAAAUCAUUGCCAAGAGAAACACAUAUAUCGAUAAUAAAAAAUAAUAGGGAAAAAUAUUACACAUCUAAAGAAAUAAAUUAUCAUAAAUAUAUCCCAAAAAUGAGAAAUACAAGGCCAAUUUAUUCAUUUAAUAAAAACUCAAGUGGUUAUAAAUCAAGUCAUGGAAGAAAUACAAAUAUAAAUUUUGAAAAUGCUCUUGAAAAUAAAUAUUGCAAAAAAAUGGAGAACAAUGGGGUAAUUGAUUUACGAAGUGUAUAUAAACAUGGUAAAAUAGAAAAAAGAAUAAUAAAAUUAAAAAACAUUAAUUGUAAUAUUACAAAUACAAUGAAAACUGAAUAUAAAGCUGCAGGAAUAUUUGUUGUUAAAAAAAGUAUAGAAAAUUCACAAAAUAAUGUCAACAACAAAAUAAAUAAAAAUAAUAUAAAUAUAGAAAUAUUAUUAGGAUUUGAUCCUUUAAAAAAAAACCAAAUAACUAAAGAAAUCGAAAAUAUGCCAUCAAUGAAAAAAGGACUACUAAAUAUUUUAGGAGGUAAAAGAGAUGGUAACGAACAAAAUCCUUUAUUAACAUCUUUUCGAGAAUUUAGUGAAGAAAAUCUUUAUACUUAUAAUAUGUUUUUAUCCUAUUUUAGUUAUUAUUAUUAUGUUAUGGCAAAUAUAUCUAACCAAUAUCAACCAGAAAAUAAUGGAAAGGAAGAAAAAACAAAAUGUGACGAAAUAAAACAAGCCAAACAAAUAACUAAGAAUACUCACGAACACGAUAAUUUAUAUUCAUCUUUUUUAGAAACAAACUUUUUAAAAGAUAUAAGUAAUUUACCUGCUCAAGAAAAAGAACGUAUUAUUAAUUUGCAUAUAAAUAAUUUUUUAAUAUAUUUCAAAGAACAUUGCUUAAAUAUAAAAGAAAAUCACAGUUACAUAUAUAACUGCUCUUAUCCACCAAGUUAUAAAAAAAAAUUGGAUGAAAAAAAAGAACCCCCCAAUGUAAAGGAAACAGAACAAUUGGAGGAAAAAGAAAAAAACAAACAAUACGAAAUUUUGGAAAGAAUACAUAAAGGAAUAAAUAUAUUAAAUAAAAUAAAAAUGGAUAAUAAAUACAAUUUUAAGUUAUAUUAUGAAAACGGGAAAUAUAAUGUAUUUUUUUAUGAUUGCACAUUUUAUGAAUGUAAAAAUAUUUUACAAUAUAUUAACAACUUCUUUUGGGAAAACUACGCUUCUUUAUUUAAUAUCAUUAUAAAAGAAAAUCUAGAAUUCUUAACCCAAAAAAAAAUUGAAAAUAAUAAAGAUCAUGUGCCAUAUACCAUGCAUCAAGUGCAAUUUAGUCAUCAAAUCGAUGAAGCAUUAUAUACAAAAAUAAUGAAUAUUAUAAAAAAAAAUAAUGAAAAUAUAUCUUUUAAUAAUUCUGAAAAAAAAAAUAAUAUAUAUGAUUAUUCACCAAAUAAUGAAAAUGAAGAAAUGAACACUGAUUUUAUGAACGAUGUUACAUGGGUUAGUCUAUCAUCUUUAUUAUUAUUUCUAAUAAAUACAAAAUGCUUUGAAGAUAUUUCAAUUGAAAUAUGGAAAGUGUAUAGUACAUUGUAUGAAAAUGGGCCUAUUGAAAAUAGCGAUAUAGGAAAUAAAAAUAAAGUUGUUAUGAUUGAUGAAGAAAAAGAAUCAUAUAUAUCAAAAGAUGUUGUUUUAAAAGUUCAGAAUUUAUAUAAAAACAUACAUAAUACUUUAAAAAAAUUUAAAAACGCCAAUAAAUAUAAAGAAUUAUUAAUUCUUUUAUUUUCACCAUUUAAUACAAAACUAAAUUUAGAAAACAUGAACAAUGUAACCAAUGAUAUAUAUAAAGAUUCAUUCCGAAAUUUUUUCGAAUAUUUAAUAACGUCGCCAGAAAUUUGGAUUUUUCUUUUUCUUAAUUUAGUUAGUACUUUCCCAUUGUGA